AUGGAAGAUAGGACAGAGGACAAUAUUCAUAGUGAACAAGAUGAGGAUAAUGAAGCUCAAUAUGUUAACAAUGAAAGAUAUAAUGGUGCUAGUGAGGAACAGUCUUUUUUAUUUCCUAGUACACAUCCACGUACACCAAAAAUAUCUGUAGAGUAUAUCAGAAGACCUGACAUGAGCCGGUAUAAUCCAGCUCUAAGGAAUCUUAUACCAAUACGUCAUGAAAAGCAAGAUAAAGAAACUAUGCCAGCAGAUAGUGCUGGAUUAUUUUCAUACAUUUUUUAUACAUGGAUUACAUCAUUUAUAUGGAAAGCAUAUAAAAAAGGAAUUGACAUUACAAAUAUACCACAUAUUUCUAAUUAUGAGACUUCUAAGUACAAUGCACAUAGACUGGAAAUACUUUGGCAAGAGGAAUUAAGUAAACAUGGUCCACAUUUAGCAUCAUUUCCAAAUGUAGCUUGGAGAUUUGUGAGAACAAGAAUAUGUAUAGCUGGAUUAUUAUUAACUUGCUCUACAAUUUGUGGAUUUAUUAGUCCUAUGAUACUGAUGAAAAAAGUGUUAGAACAUGUUCAGUCACCAGAAGAAGAUAUAUGGACUGGCAUAAAAUGGGCCUUGUUAUUAAUAUGCUGUGAUCUUUUAAGAACAACAUUUUUCAAUUGGACUUGGAACACUAACAUUAGAACAGCAAUCAGAUUAAAAGCAGCUUCCACAACUCUUUUGUACAAAAAAAUUAUUAGACUGAAUAGCCUUGGAAAUAAAAGUAUAGGAGAGUUGACUAAUUUAUUCACUAAUGACAGUCAAAGACUCUUUGAUGUAAUCAUUUAUGGACCUAUGAUAAUCAGUGGUCCAAUAAUUGUCAUCUGUGGUGUAUCUUAUAUACUAUAUGUAUUUAGUCCAUUAGCCAUUUUUGGAAUAUUUGCAUUUCUUAUAUUCUAUCCUUGUCAGUAUCUUAUAUCUCGGGUCGUUGGACAUUUUCGUUCGAAAACAGUUGUUAUUACAGAUACACGAGUAAAAUUAAUGAACGAAAUUUUAGAAUGCAUAAGGUUGAUCAAAAUGUGUUCAUGGGAGAAGUACUUCAGCCAUAAACUUCUUGAUAUACGAAAAAAAGAGGAAUACUGGUUACACAAAACUGUAUAUUUUCAAAGCCUUGCUAUAUCUUUGACACCAGCUGUACCUGUGAUAUCUGCAAUUAUAACGUUUCUAGCUCAUUUAUCUUCAGGCAAUAGCUUAACUGCCGCUCAGGCUUUCCCAAUUAUAACAUUUUUUGGAAAUAUGCUGAGAUUGGCACUCACCUCCCUUAAGGAUUCUACACGAUAUUUUAUCGACGCCCAUAUUGCUCUUAGAAGAUUCAAGGUGUUUCCCCUCGUGUCAUUACUCAAUUCUCAAUUUCGUUCUUCUUUAAUGUUUUUGCAAGUGGCCCUAGUUAAUAUUGCUGAAUCACGUGUAACACUCAACAGAUUGCAGAAUGUAUUGCUUUUAGAAGAGCACCCAUGCCAUAUAUCAAAACCGAUUGUGAAAUCACAAGCCGUAGCAAUUGCGAACGGUACAUUCAUUUACGAAAAUUCUACUUUGCACACUAACAAGCCAAAGAAUGUUAAACACGAAAAAGAAAUCUCAUCACAUUCGAAGAAUAAAGUUGAAUUAGAGAAGCUCAAUGAACAUUCCAAAGAAACACAAUAUAUAGAGGUACUCUCUGAUAUUAAAUUUGGAGCACCAAAGGGUGGAUUAAUAGGAAUCUGUGGUCAUGUAGGAAGUGGAAAAUCUAGCCUAUUGCUUGCUACUCUAGGGCAGCUCAAAAUGACAAAUGGCUAUAUUUUGAGAGAAGGUUCUUGUGCAUAUGUUAGCCAGCAGGCAUGGAUCGUUAAUGCUACUCUUAAAGAGAACAUAUUAUUUGGAAAUCAGUUUGAUGCUAAACGAUAUUAUCAAGCAUUAACGGUAUGCAGUUUAAAAGAAGACUUAAACAUGUUGCCUGGUGGUGACGAGACUGAGAUCGGAGAAAGGGGUAUAAAUCUUUCCGGGGGUCAAAAGCAAAGAGUUGCCCUUGCUAGAGCGCUUUACGCUAAUCGAGAUAUUUACUUUUUGGAUGAUCCAUUAAGCGCAGUGGACGCACACGUAGGCUCUUACAUUUUUAAAAAUUUAAUUCUUGGAACCCUCAAGAACAAAUGUGUUCUCUUUGUGACACAUCAGGUUCAAUUUCUAAAACACUGUGAUCAAAUCUAUUUAUUGCACAAAGGUAGAAUUGUAGAAGAAGGUACACAUGAUGAACUGAUGUGUUUAAAUAAAGAGUAUGCCACAAUGGUGGGCAGCAUGCUAUUAAAAACAGAGAAUGCUAUGGAUAAUGAAAAUUUAACCACAAUUCAAACAAAUAGCAGCGAUUCCAGUACUAAUUUGAAGAAUGAAGUAGGAUGCAACUCUGCAGAUAAUUAUGAAAAUACCGAGGUUUCGAAGAAAAUACGAGGAGGAGGAGCAUCUCUCACUACACAAGAAAAAGCAGAAACGGGUACUGUCAAAGCAUAUACAUAUCACGUAUACGUAAAAGCAGCGGGUGGUUAUUUUGUGGCUGUUUUAGUGUUUUUUACGCUGUUUUUAAGCGUUGGAAGUUCUGCAUUUAGUACUUGGUGGUUGGCCACAUGGAUUAAGGCCGGCGGUGGAAAUAUAACUGACCCCAACACUAAUGAAACUAUAGUAUCAAAUAAUUUGAGUGACAAUCCAAAUUAUUCGUACUAUCAAGGUAUUUAUACUGGUUGCAUUGGAGUCAUUUUGUUAACAAGUCUGUUGCGUGGCUUGGUUAUUAUGUACACCACAAUAAGUGCUUCAACAAAGCUACAUAAUAAAAUUUUUAAAAAGCUAAUCAAAUCAACGAUAACGUUUUUUGAAACUACUCCUAUUGGUAGAAUACAAAAUAUUUUUAGUCGAGACAUCGAUGAAGUUGACAAUUAUAUACCGAUUUCCGUAGAGAACAUGGUGCAGAAUAUUUUUACCUGUAGCUUUGCAAUUGUGUUCAUAUGCGCAAUAAUACCCUGGUUUUGUUUACCAUUGAUCAUUCUUGCCGCUAUCUUUCUCUAUAUUAGUAAAGUUUUUAGAGUAGCAAUGAGAGAUUUUAAGCGAAUGGAGAGCAAUUCACGAUCUCCUGUUUUAAGUUUCAUUACAACUUCUGUUCAUGGUUUGAAUACCAUUCAUGCAUUUCAGAAGGAGAAAGCAUUUGUGAACAAAUUCGAAGAAUUACUCGAUUUAAACAAUUUGUGUCUUUACCUCUGCCAGUCGGUUAUGAGAUGGUCUGCUGUAAGACUCGACAGUUUGGCAAUUGUUUCCUCUUCUAUCACCGCGUUUCUUGUGAUAGCACUCAAAGACCAAAUACCUCCAGCCCUUGCCGGUCUGGCAAUGACAUAUGCUACGCAAAUGACAGGUGUCUUCCAGUACACUAUAAGAUUAAUGGCAGAAACAGAAACACGUUUUAUAAGUGUUGAAAGAAUAAGCUAUUAUCUGAGGACCUUGCAAAAAGAAGGAACUUCUGAGGAAGAUCCUACAAAUCCUCCAGAUCAAUGGCCCAUUGAUGGCAAGUUGGAGUUUCGUAAAGUUCAAUUAAAAUACAGGAAAGAACUACCACCUGUACUAAAUAAUAUUUCAUUUGUCAUUAAAGCUGGAGAACAUAUAGGUAUCGUGGGAAGAACAGGAGCUGGAAAAAGUUCGCUUAUCGUUGCUCUAUUCCGAUUAGUCGAGAUCUCUGAUGGGAAGAUUAAGAUUGACGAUAUAGAUAUAGCAAAAGUGAAACUAAAAUUACUAAGAAGUAAACUAUCCAUAAUUCCUCAAGAUCCAGUUCUCUUUAAUGGAACCAUACGAUCGAAUUUGGAUCCAUUUAAUCAGUACAACGAUUCUGAAAUCUGGAGUGCUUUAGAAAAAACACAAUUGAAAGAGAAAGUUAAAGUAAUGUCAGGUCAAUUAGAUGCGUCGGUUGAAACUGGUGGAAAUAAUUUAAGCGUUGGCGAGAGACAAUUACUUUGUUUAUCAAGAGCACUUUUACGUAAUGCUAAAGUAUUGGUAUUGGAUGAAGCAACAGCUGCUGUUGAUCCUGAAACUGAAGUCGCAGUACAGAACACAAUACAAAACGGGUUCUCGAAUUGCACUGUAUUAACUAUAGCUCAUCGUUUGAAGACUGUUAUUUCAUGUAAUCGUAUAAUCGUGAUGAAAAAUGGCCUCACCAUUGCGAAUAUAAUUCCUAUUAUGAUGCUGGGGCGCAAGCAGAGCCUCAAAGGGGAACCCGUCUUGGCCGAUUACGGGCCAGAGGAGUCCCUCAAUGAGAGCGCUGACAUAGAAUGGGUGAAUAAGCUAUGGGUGAGAAGGUUGAUGAGGUCUUGUGCUCUGGUAUCUUUAGCUUCCGUUUGUUUGAAUACACCAAAAACUUUUGAAAAAGUUCCACCCCUUCAAUAUGUUACCUUUGUUUGUGAUUUAGUCGUUACAUUCUUAUUUACCGCUGAAAUGAUUGCCAAGAUGCAUAUAAGGGGUAUACUGAAGAGGGAUAAGUCUUACUUGAAAGAUCACUGGUGCCAAUUCGACGGAAGUAUGGUUGUCUUCCUCUGGUUGUCCGUAAUUUUACAAAUGUUUGAGAUGCUAGGUUUCGUUUUAAAAUUUAGUUACGUCUCUAUACUACGGGCACCACGACCUUUAAUUAUGAUACGCUUCUUACGAGUCUUCCUUAAGUUCUCCAUGCCGAAAGCUAGAAUUAAUCAAAUCUUUAAGCGUUCGAGUCAACAGAUAUAUAACGUGACUCUUUUCUUCCUUUUCUUCAUGUCCCUCUAUGGUCUUCUAGGUGUUCAGUUCUUUGGUGAAUUGAAAAACCAUUGUGUUCUCAAUACCACACAUCCAAAGCGUAUAACUAUAAAUAGUUUAGCCAUUCCUGACACAUUUUGCUCCACUGACCCGGAAUCAGGAUAUCAAUGUCCAGAAGGAAUGACUUGCAUGAAACUUGAAUUGUCUAAGUACAUCAUGGGUUUCAAUGGUUUCGAUGAAUUUGCUACCAGUAUUUUUACCGUCUACCAAGCUGCAUCGCAAGAAGGAUGGGUUUUUAUUAUGUACCGCGCAAUAGACAGUUUACCCGCCUGGCGUGCAAUUCUUUACUUUAGCACAAUGAUAUUUUUCUUAGCUUGGUUGGUGAAGAACGUUUUCAUAGCCGUUAUCACAGAAACUUUCAACGAAAUACGAGUACAAUUCCAACAGAUGUGGGGUGUUAGAGGACACAUUAGUAACAAUACAGCAUCACAAAUAUUAACUGGUGAUGACAACGGUUGGAAAUUAGUAACAUUGGAUGAGAACAAACAUGGUGGACUGGCUUCUCCUAUAUGUCACGCUAUUCUCAGGUCUCCUCACUUUCGCAUGGUGGUGAUGUGCGCCAUUUUGGCGAACGGAAUUACUACCGCAACAAUGAGUUUCAAGCACGACGAGAAGCCGCGGCACACCUAUUACGAUAACUAUUACUACGCUGAGAUCGCAUUCACGAUAUUCUUGGACCUCGAGACGUUAUUCAAAAUCUGGUGCCUAGGAUUCCGCAGUUAUUACAAGCAUUCGAUUCACAAAUUCGAGCUGCUCCUGGCAAUUGGUACAACCAUACACAUCAUUCCGUUCUUCUAUCUUUCUGGAUUCACGUAUUUUCAGGUACUUAGGGUGGUCAGGCUUAUCAAGGCAUCGCCGAUGCUGGAGGAUUUUGUAUAUAAAAUAUUUGGACCUGGGAAAAAGUUAGGCAGCCUAAUCAUAUUUACCAUGUGCCUGUUAGUCAUAUCGUCCAGUAUAUCUAUGCAGCUGUUUUGUUUUCUAUGUGACUUCACGAAAUUUGAGACGUUCCCAGAGGCAUUUAUGUCGAUGUUUCAAAUCUUGACCCAAGAAGCUUGGGUCGACGUUAUGGAUGAAACGAUGUUGAGGACAUACGAGACAAUGGCACCCUUCGUCGCCGUGUAUUUCAUUUUGUAUCAUCUCUUUGUCACGCUGAUCGUGUUAAGCUUGUUCGUCGCCGUAAUUUUGGAUAAUCUUGAACUGGACGAGGAUAUCAAGAAACUGAAGCAAUUGAAAUUCCGUGAACAAAGCGCAGAAAUAAAGGAAACCCUACCAUUCAGAUUGAGAAUUUUUGAGAAGUUUCCUGAUAGUCCUCAAAUGACAUGCUUGCACAAAGUACCAUCAGACUUCAAUCUUCCGAAAGUACGUGAAAGUUUUAUGAGACAAUUUGUAUUUGAAAUGGAAAAUGAAGAAAACGAAGGAGUAAAGAAAAAAAAAGAAACUUUUGAUUCGAAAAUGAUAUAUAGGAAACAACGUCCAGUAAAAAUUUUAAACAAUCCACCUAAAGUAAGAAACGUCGUCACCAGUCUUAAAAAUGAUGCUAUUAUUUACAUUAUAAAGGAUUCAAAUAAUCAGAGAUUAUUGUUAGGAGAUUCUGCCAUGAUACCAGUACCAGGGAAAGGUCUUUUGAAGCCACAGGGUACUGUCAGUAGUACCAAGCAACUUCGUAUUGAUCAGAAAAAGUCGAUUAGAAGGAGCGUUCGUAGUGGUUCGAUCAAGCUAAAACAGACCUACGAGCAUCUGAUGGAAAACGGUGAUAUUGGAGGUAUAAACAGAGUUAGCUCUUCUCGAAGUAGACCGCAUGAUUUGGACAUUAAAUUGUUGCAAGCAAAGCGACAGCAAGCGGAAAUGCGAAGAAAUCAACGAGAAGAAGAUUUACGCGAAAAUCACCCAUUUUUCGACACACCACUGUUCGCAGUACCGCGUGAGAGUAAAUUCCGUAAAAUCUGCCAGUCGCUUGUUUACGCGAGGUACGAUACGAAUGUGAAAGAUCCUUUAACUGGGAAAGAGAGGAAAGUCCAAUAUAAGAGUCUGCACAACUUUCUUGGCUUGGUCACGUACCUUGAUUGGGUAAUGAUCUUUGCUACCACCAUGUCUUGCUUCUCCAUGAUGUUCGAGACACCACGGUAUCGCGUGAUGGAGGUUCCAGCGUUGCAGAUUGCAGAGUAUGGUUUCGUGAUUUUUAUGAGCAUUGAGCUUGCUCUUAAGAUCCUCGCGGACGGACUAUUCUUCACACCAAAGGCCUAUAUCAAAGACGUUGCCUCUGUCUUAGAUGUUUUUAUUUAUGUUGUUAGUCUCGUGUUUCUUUGUUGGAUGCCGAAGAGCGUACCACCGAAUUCUGGCGCACAGCUUCUCAUGAUUCUACGCUGCGUUAGACCUCUAAGAAUCUUCACGCUUGUUCCACAUAUGAGGAAAGUCGUUUAUGAGUUAUGCAGAGGGUUCAAAGAAAUCUUAUUGGUGUCUACUCUGUUGAUUCUGUUGAUGUUCAUAUUCGCGAGUUACGGUGUACAACUUUACGGUGGUAGAUUAGCGCGUUGCAACGAUCCCACUAUACUGAAACGAGAGAAUUGCGUUGGAGUGUUCAUGAGAAGAGUUUUCGUGACGAAAAUGAAAUUACGACCAGGCCAGAACGAGAGCUAUCCGUCUAUAUUGGUACCACGUGUUUGGGCUAAUCCUAGGAGGUUUAAUUUCGACAAUAUCGGUGACGCGCUGAUGGCACUUUUCGAGGUACUCUCUUUCAAAGGGUGGCUCGACGUUAGGGAUGUUCUUAUCAAAGCUCUUGGUCCCGUCCAUGCUAUUUAUAUCCACAUCUAUAUUUUCCUGGGAUGUAUGAUUGGUUUAACUCUGUUCGUCGGUGUCGUUAUCGCUAAUUAUUCUGAAAAUAAAGGAACCGCGUUACUCACGGUCGAUCAAAGACGAUGGUGUGAUUUAAAGAAGCGACUGAAAAUUGCACAACCGUUGCACUUACCGCCUAGACCAGAUGGAAAGAAAUUCCGAGCGUUCAUCUAUGACAUCACUCAGAAUAUAUAUUUUAAAAGAUACAUCGCGGCUAUGGUACUCAUAAAUAGUGGCCUUCUGUGUGUUUCUUGGAGAAUCGAGGAGGAACACACGGAAGCACUCGCUACGGUGUCCACGAUUCUGACACUGAUCUUCCUAGUGGAAGUAAUCAUGAAAAAUAUUGCUUUUACACCACGUGGCUAUUGGCAGUCCAGAAGAAACAGAUAUGAUUUGCUCGUGACAGUCGUGGGUGUUAUUUGGAUCGUCAUUCAUUGUACGAUGAAGAACGAUUUGUCAUACGUAAUCGGCUUUAUGGUCGUGAUCCUUAGAUUCUUCACCAUCACUGGCAAACACACGACCCUAAAAAUGUUGAUGUUAACGGUCGGAGUGUCCGUUUGCAAAAGUUUCUUCAUUAUAUUCGGCAUGUUCCUUCUUGUUUUCUUUUACGCGCUCGCAGGCACGAUCAUCUUUGGAACCGUGAAAUACGGUGAAGGUAUAGGAAGACGUGCCAAUUUUGAGACACCUGUGACUGGUGUCGCGAUGCUCUUCCGUAUUGUAACGGGAGAAGACUGGAAUAAGAUAAUGCACGAUUGCAUGAUACAACCGCCAUAUUGCACUCCGGCUGCUAAUUAUUGGGAGACCGAUUGCGGCAACUUUCAUGCUUCCUUAAUUUAUUUUUGUACUUUCUACGUCAUUAUCACUUACAUUGUUUUGAAUCUUCUGGUGGCUAUUAUCAUGGAGAACUUUUCUCUAUUUUACUCGAACGAAGAAGAUGCGCUGCUAUCGUACGCUGAUAUUAGAAACUUCCAAAACACAUGGAAUGUCGUUGACAACCAUCAGAAAGGUUUCAUACCUGUGAAACGGGUGAAGUUUAUUUUACGAUUAUUGAAAGGUAGAUUGGAGACCGAUCCGCAGAAAGAUCGACUUCUCUUCAAGCACAUGUGCUAUGAAUUAGAGAAAUUGAACAACGGCGAAGAUGUUACCUUCCACGAUGUCAUCAAUAUGUUAUCUUAUCGUUCAGUCGAUAUACGAAAAGCCCUUCAACUUGAAGAAUUACUAGCAAGGGAAGAAUUUGAGUAUAUCAUUGAAGAAGAAGUUGCCAAGCAAACGAUUAGAAACUGGAUGGAAGGUUGUGUGAAAAGAAAACGUGCAAGUGAGAAGCAACAAAAUAGUCCUGUGGCAGGUCUUCGUGCAAGUACUGACCAACCAUUACUGCAACAAGAGCAUACAGAAGAGAAAGGAAAAGAAACAGCAAAAGAAGAGGAAACUGAAACAAAGGAUGUUGAUGGUGCUAGGCACAAAGCAAAAAAGCCAGUAGUUCUUCCAAGAUCUGACAGUAUAGGCAGUGGAUCAGGAAGAAAGUAUUUAACUCCAACCCUGUCAGAUCCUGCCUCAAUUAGAACUGAAAAAGACAAGAAUGUAGUACCUAAAAAACGAAACAAUAGACCACCACCGGCGGCGAAAAAUAAUUUGCCACAUCUCACAGAGAGUACUGAGCAAAGCAGACAACAACGGGAGACUGCUAAUGCAAAGGCAACUGCGCCAAAAUCUUCCAGCGUUAUGUUAGAAGUUAGAGAAUGGUGGAAAGAGCAGUUGGCGUACAGUGAGUCCAGCGAAGAUGAGGUUUAA